AUGACCACGGAAACGGCUACGCCGAACCAGGCGGACGCCAGUACCGCGUUUCUGCGGGCUGCGCGCGCCGGCCAGAUAGAGAAGAUCAUCAAUCUCCUUGAGCAAGGAGUAGACAUUAACGUUAGCAAUGCUUUAUUUGAAAAGUCCAUUGACGCACUUGUGAACAAAUGUGAACUUUUACGGGUUUCUAAGAUUGAGCAGUAA